GUGAAGCUCCACACCAAGGAUGACCCUGACCUAGAAAGACCCGAAUCCUUACAAAAUAGUCCACCAGAAGGUAAACACACUCAUAUAAACUGGGCCCCAAAGGAUGCAGACCCCCAUUGCUCCGGAUAAGGGGAGCCCCAAACUCUGCAGGACAGGAGAGGGUGCUGAGGAGGAACAACACCGGCUGGCAGGUUGGAGGGGCCCCACAGAUUGAUGUGCGUGUGAAUCCAGUCGCGCCCAAUAUUGCACAGUGCCGGGUUUAUUGUGCAGUGCGUCCAGCUUUCUGAUUCAUGCGUCUGCGCCCCUCCUUGGGAUUCUUAUCUGGAAAUACGGUAAAUUUAACUCCGGUCAAAACAAAGUUAAAAGAGAUGCAAAUUCCCCCACAGACCAGUGUUUACGUUUCUUUAGUGAAUUAAUUUGUCGUGGUCAUCCCGUGCUGUCCGUUCACAGCAGGACCAUGUGUUCUCGCCUAUACACCACCGAGUCCCCUUCAUUGCAGGCGGACAUGGCACAGCCUCACAGAGAUGCACCGACAUUAUCCAUUCAACGCACGCUGGCCAACGCAAAACUGCAAAGAGCCAAUGGGACAAGAGCUCUGUUCUUUCCCCCGUCUUUGAUUUGUAAAUACCUCUGUUUCAAUGCAACAACUUCCAGGCUUGUAUCUUAUAACCAUCAAACAUUUACAUGAGAAAGUUGACAAAGGCUGAAACAGCGGAGGAGGCCUCGCAACAAAGAGGCCCAUUUAUAGAGUACAGUCGGGGAGAGACACGGAGAGGGAGGGUAGGAGGAGAAGCUGGGAGGAGAGUUGAAUUAAUGAAUUAAAAAUGUCGUGAAACAGCCGCUGUCUGAAUACUUUUGGGUUUAUAGAGAGGCGUGCAGGGGGGUCCUGGAGGAGUGGACAGCGCAAGCUACUUUAACGUCUCUCUGUCCGGACACACUGGGCUCCCUCUCAGCUUCACAUGCAGAAGGAACUGCAAACUGUGCUCAUCUAGAUUACAUAAUGACCCAGUAACAGGGAGCCAGAACCGGUACUGCCAGUACCAGUGUGCUGGGAGACACUGACUGACGGGUUGAUCCUCACCCAGGCCUCUUCUCUGAUUUCAUGUGUCUUUCUAGGAGUUUUCCCAUUUAUUUAUUUUUCAAUAUAGGAUGACAACGACGGAGAGGGGACAGCAGAAGAAAACAAACAAUGCGAUGUCAAAGUGAGAGGUGAUGUAAAACAUGCUCGAGCUGUCAACAAGUGCGUGUCGUUCAAAACCGUGAAAGUUCUCGGCCUCUUUCAAUCUUCCUCCUCCGGGACAGAUUGAAUUGUAUGCUGUCUGUCUUUUUCACGUGUCUGUUGUACAGUGAAAUUAAAUACAUCUUCAUUUUCUGAAGCUGUCGUCCCAAGUGAACUUCUGGUACAAGCAAACAGAAAGUGCCGGCCAUGACCUCAGCCACUCCACCCUCCUCAGAAGGCUCCUCCCCUCAGAAAAUAUGCCACUCCCAGACACAGACUGACAUCACCAAGCCCCUGCUGGGCUCCCCGACGGGGACCGGAGGUGCUGGUUCAGGUGGAGGAGCAACAGAUGCUGGAGGGCCCAAUGCUCUGCGAAGAAGGCGCCGCGUCCUCUCCAAAGACGGACGAAGCAAUGUACGCAUCGAGCACGUAAGCGGGCGUGGGGCGCUGUACCUUCGCGAUCUCUGGACGACUUUCCUCGACAUGCAAUGGCGCUACAAGUUCUUCCUCUUCUCUGCCACCUUUGCUGGGACCUGGUUCGUGUUUGGAGUGCUUUGGUACCUGGUGGCAAUGAUACAUGGAGAUCUACUUGAGUUUGACCCCCCGUCCAACCAUACUCCAUGUGUAAUGGAGGUGAAGACCCUUACAGGAGCCUUCCUCUUCUCUCUGGAGUCUCAGACCACAAUUGGCUACGGUUUCCGGUGCAUCACCGAGGAGUGUCCUGGCGCCAUUGUCCUGCUCAUCUGUCAGCUGGUCAUUACCAUGGUGAUGGAGAUCUUCAUCACCGGCACUUUCCUUGCCAAGGUUGCUCGCCCCAAGAAAAGGGGUGAGACAGUGAAGUUUAGUCAACACGCCGUUGUGUCAAAUCACGAGGGACACCCCUGCCUUAUGAUCCGAGUGGCCAACAUGCGCAAAAGCCUUCUGUUAGGAUGCCAGGUGACGGGGAAGCUGCUUCAGACGUCACUGACCAAGGAGGGCGAGACGGUGCGGCUGGAUCAGCGGAACGUGCCUUUCCAGGUGGACACGUCCAGUGACAGCCCCUUCCUCAUCAUCCCCCUGACUUACUACCACAUCAUCGAUGAUAACAGCCCCCUCAGGGCCUGGGCAGCCAAAGGUGGUGGCUGGACAGACCCCGACCUGGCUGACUUUGAGCUUCUAGUGAUCUUGAGCGCCACGGUUGAGCCGACUUCCGCUACCUGCCAGGUUCGAACAUCCUACCUUCCAGAUGAGAUCCUCUGGGGCUACGAGUUUCCCCCAGUCGUCUCCCUGUCUCCCUCAGGGAAAUACGUGGCCGAUUUCGCCUUUUUUGACAAAGUUGCCAAAACCAAAACCCCACCCCUCUUUAAACAGGCCUUGCCACCGAGCCCGCCCUCACAGGCGUCCCGUCGCCAUGGCAGCAAGGAGGCAGGGACAGACCAGGAGAAAAUGCGACUGGAAGAGAACUACAGGGGGGAAGAGAAGGGGCGAGAAAGGGGGCGCAUACGAGAUAGCAGCCCACUUAGUGUUCGUAUUAGUAAUGUCUGAAGAGACAAACGGGAAGUGGUAACAGGAGGUGGGUGUGAAACUGAGAUCAACAACAUUAACACAGGAAAAAGACAACAAGCUGCUCACACUGAGACAUCAACACAUCUCCUGCACCAAACUAACAGCCCACACAUUCAAGAGGAAACACCUGCAACCACAACACACUGAAGAUAUAUUCUGGUCUGCAAGAGAACAAGUUACAAAACCAGCAUGUACAAAUGUGCAUCACAACAUCAAGUCAUCCACAGAGACAUUUUCUACUAUUCAUUGUUACUUUUUGGAAAAGACUUGAUAUACUGGAUGCUUCAACACUGCAGAAUCCUUCAUCUUACCAGGUCUUUUCUGUCUAUAAUGUAGCACUGUUGGUAGGUAGAAAUAACUUAAUGUGAUUCCAAUAGAAAUAAAUGUAUGUUGUCUAGAAAUGUGUUACUCUUACUUGAACCAAGAAGGAAUUAUAGAAGUAAAAAAAAAAAAGAAAAAGCUCAUUUCUAUUUCAUCUGAAAACCAGGAUUCAACAACGACCUGAAAAGAAGAUUACAUGAUUUUCAGUUUAGUUUAACGUCUGAUAUGGAUGUUAAUCACUGGAUCACAGUACUGUUCCCCCCCCUUUUUUGUAUUAACAAAAAUACCUGCUAAAGAGGGUGAUAUGUACUGGAACAAUGUUAUAUUUUUGACAAACGAUUUUUAAAGGAAUGUAUCAUAUUUGAUGUACCCAAUCGUUUCUAACAGCGUUACUUGUUGCACCUGAAAAUACUGUGCUUUUUGAUGAGAAUGUCUUUUCUUGUUUAUUGGGGUUAAUAUGUUUAGUAAAACUACUAAAAGCACUUUAACUUGAAAAAAAGUGGCAACGGAAUAACUGAACUAACUGAUACUUAAUGCACUGUAACAUACGAUUAAAUCUUGUGUUAUGAUUGGGGAUUGUGAGAUUGUGAGUAUGUGUUUUCGGUUGUAUGAACUUUUUUGUCUUCAAUGUUUUGUACAGUAUGAGUUGAUGUACCUCUGUACAGUGUAUAAAACUAUUUUCAUACAUUCUAGAAUUUGAUACACAGUUCCACAUUUCUUAACAACGCAGAAAGUAAUUUCCGUAAAGUAAUUUCCACACUACGCCCACAUUUUUACUGCUGUCAUUUUAGACAAGUUCAUAUAUCUGCAGAAAAAUUGCAUUCUUCUCUUUUUGGUUUACAUGGAAAUGGCGAUAGACUAAGUGACUUCUAUUCUUAACUAAUAUAUUAUACAACUGAUGAUUUGUUUCCUCUUGGUAGACCUAAAGUGCCACUAUUCAAAUGUAAACAUCUGCUGCUCCAGACAAGCACAAUGGGAAAUAUUCAAAAUCACUGAAAAUAUUUCAGUAUCAAUGUCUGGUGAGACUGGUUGUAUUUGUUUAUACUGUAAAGCCUUCUGACUGUACACUGUAUAUAGAUCACUCACAUUGGUCUAACUUUUUGAGAAAGCACUUUUGAAGUGUCUGUUUUAAUAAAUGUUUUAUUUACAACAUG